AUGGCUUCCUCCGCCAAUGCGCUCCGGCUCGGUCUCCGGACAUGCAGCCGCCAAACACAAACAUCCAGUCUCCGGAUCGCCGCCAUCCAGCGCCGGGCCCUUUCCGCCACCGCGACACGAUGUGAAGGUGUUCCCGUACUAAAGAAGGAAGACCCUCCCAAGCUCGAGUACACCCGCCCUUACAGCCCCGGCGAGUUCCUGAACGAAAGGCUGAACUCGGACGACCUUGAGGACUCGGAGCGCGAGGUCUACCAGCGCGCCCUUACCUCGUGGGAGCAGACGCCCGAUGACCUCAAGAGGAGCUGGGGUACCAUGGUCAGAGAUAUCGAGCAGGCGACGGCGCCGCUAAGGAGGGUGGUCAUGCCCAAGAGGCAAACGUUCUGGUACGAGGAGGAGAAGGACAUGGACCUCAUCACCAACGAGGACGGCGAGGACGACUUCCACGAGAACGACAUUAUGAGUCUGGGCCACGGCAAGCUGGAGGAGCACCGCGAGUUCCGCGAGUACGCGCGCAUCGCCGUCUGGGAGAUGCCGCUGCUGUCCAAGUACGCCAAGCCGUUCGUGCCGCCGACGAGCGAGGAGGUCCUGCGCUUCCGCUACACCACCUACAUGGGCGAGUUUCACCCCGCCGACAGGAAGGUCGUGGUUGAGUUCUGCCCCAAGGAUCUCCGAGACCUCACCGAGGUCCAGCAGCGCAAGCUUAUGAAGCUGGCCGGACCCCGGUACAACCCUGAGAAGGACAUUAUCAAGAUGAGCUGCGAGAAGUUUGAGCACCAGGCCCAGAACAAGCGCUAUCUCGGCGAUCUGAUUGAGAAGAUGAUUGUUGCUGCCAAGGAUCCCACAGACACCUUUGAGGACAUCCCUCUCGAUACCCGUCACCACACUUUCAGCAAGAAGAUCACUUUCCCCAAGGAGUGGCUCCUCACGCAGGAGCGCAAAAAGGAGCUUGAAGCCGCCAGGCAGCAGGCCCUCUUGAAGGAUGCCGAGAAGGUUGUCAAGGGCGCCUUGGUGGAUGGCGCUGAUAUCCUUAAGCAGUACCUGGAAUCUGGUGCUGCUGAGGCUAUGCAUGCCGUGCCUGUCACGGCGGGUCGCGGCGGCAAGGCCCUUCCCGGAGGCAAGGGUGGAAAGAUGCAGCGCGGUAAGAGGUGA